CCUGCCUCUUUCAGUCAAACAGGAUCUUCAGUGCUUCACGUGAUAAAACAGCCCUAAUGUGGGAUAUGUACAAUAAAGCUGGACCACUACAGGAGUUUACAGGGCAUGAACUGGUGGUGACCGGCCUAGCUGUGAGCCCAGAUGGUUUGAAACUAUGUACAGGGUCGCGGGACAAUUCCAUGUGUAUCUGGGAUGUAGAGACAGGAGACUGUUUACAAAGCUGCUCUAUUUCCAGGAAUCUGGUAACACACAUCUGCUGGGUUCCUGCAGAAUCACUUGUAAUUCAGACCUCCGAGGACAAGAUGAUCAGAAUCUGGAAUAGUCGCGAACUCCAGGUGACUCACACUUUCCCAAUAAAACAGCACAUCCAAAUGCAUUGUGAUGCCAGUCCUGAUGGGCGAUAUUGUAUUACCUGCAGCAACGGUUUUAGCGGCGAGGGCUGUGAAGCCACAGUAUGUGACCAACAUUGUAGUCCAGUUUAA